AUGAGUUCUCAAUUACUUUUCUCACUGGUUCUUGUUCAAGUAAUUGCUCUCGGAGCCCUGGGUCAGCUCUGCACCAAAUGCCCCAAUAUCGAAGAUAGGCAGUUCACAAAUCUCAACAUGACUUUCAACAACUCUGUUAAUUCGGAUGGCUGUAAAGUAGUCACCGUGACAUGUGUGCUUCCUGAGCCAGCUUGCACGACUAUGGUUCUAAUUCGGACUGCUGAUUACCAAGAAAGUCUAGCGGGUGACCAUGUUCAAGGUACAUUUGCUUUUCCUACCGAGAUUGUGUGCGGAGAACUGUCCCCUACAACCGCCGGAUACAUGUAUAAAGGGAAGCACGUCAUAUUUGAGUGCAACGUGAGUUGUCCUUUUGGCGCAGGAUAUGGAAGCAGUAGCGCCGUGACGAUCGAGGUUCCCACUGAGCACCCCACUACCGAGAUGCCGGUGGACAGCGGAUGCAAAGUUCAAAAAUAA